AUGCCGACAUGCGUCAAAUAUGCCCCACAUCACACCCGGAGACCCGGCGCCAUAGCUGUCAGAGCUGCCGCUACUAUCCGGUGGGUGGAGCACAAGCGACGUAUGGCGGUUCCGGAUGCAGGACAGACCGGACCGAAGGCAGAGGAAUUGGUAUUCAUUUUCGCUAAAUUCAACUCUUUACGAUUGAUUCUUGGUUUAAGACUAUAUGUAGAGUCAUUGUUAGCCUACUUGUUGAACGGAAAACAACUUUCGUGA